AUGGCGGUUGAAACACAACUGAAGAUGAGACUGGAAGAACAGGUAGAAGAAGUAGCAGCAAUGUGUCUCAUAAGAGAGAUUGAAAACAUAGAUGCAUGCCUGAGUUUCUUGGCUGCCAAGGGGAUUAACAUACAGGGGCUGUCAGCAGAAGAAAUCAGGAAUGGGAAUCUAAAGGCCAUCUUGGGCCUUUUCUUCAGUUUAUCCCGAUACAAGCAACAGCAACAGCAGCCACAGAAACAGCAACUGCACCACCAUCCAUCCCAGCAACCUCCCCCAGUAUCCCAGCAAGUAGGGUCUCCAUCCCAGUGCCAGGUCGGGGUACCACAGCAGCCGGUGCCAGCUUCGCUCCAGACUCCGUGCCAACAGCCCCUGCAAGCUGCGCAGCAUCAGUUCAAAGCACAACCAGAAAUGCAGUCAAGACUUCCAGGCCCCACCACGAGGGUGUCCGCUGCGGGCAGUGAGGCCAAAGCUCGUGGUUCUCUUAGUGCCAACAAUCGACGCAGCCAGAGCUUUAACAAUUACGACAAAUCCAAGCCUGGACUUCCCCCUCCAGCACCAACAAGUAGCAAUGACAAAGAGCCUGCAGACAGUACAGCCUCCCAGCCCACAGGAAUGAAUGAAAAUGUCUCAUCCUCAGUUCAAAGCUGCAGUGGUACUGUUAGUUGCAAUAACUCAUCAGCCAUCCCUCAGCCCAGCUCUGCUAUUAAACCUUGGCGCAGCAAGUCCCUUAGCGCUAAGCACACAGCUACGUCUUCCAUGUUAUCCGUAAAGCAGCCCGUAUCAGAGCCUCCGAAGCCACUGUCGGAAAUCGCAAAAACAACUCCCAACGGUCAAAAAUCCAUGCUUGAAAAAUUAAAACUCUUCAAUAGCAAAGGAGGCUCCAAAGCAGGAGGGACAACGCUCGAGUGCCCAGGGUCUCGGGACAACAGUUGCGAAAAGCUAGAGACACUGCUCAGCUUUGAGGAGAGCGAAGAAAUUGAUGCCACAAAUCAGAAUGUGAACAAUCCGGGAUCGAUGUCCAGCAGUCCCAAAAUUGCACUCAAGGGAAUCGCACAAAGGACUUUUAGCCGGGCGCUAACUAACAAGAAAAGUUCUCCAAAGGGUAAUGAGAAGGAUAAAGAGAAACAGAAAGAGAAAGAAAAGGAUAAAAGUAAAGACAUUGCAAAGAGAACAUCUAUCACGGAAAAGCCGGAGGUGAAAGAGGAACCAAAAGAAGAACAGACAGCACUAGCAACAACAGAGAUGCCAAAAAAGUCCUCCAAGAUUGCAAGCUUUAUCCCUAAAGGAGGAAAGCUGAAUAGUGCCAAGAAGGAGGCCUCUGCCCCUUCACAGAGUGGAAUACCAAAACCAGGAAUGAAAAACACCACAGGGAAAUCCUCAAGUGCCCCCGUUUCCACAAAGGAAGGUGAGAGAAGCCGCAGCGGGAAAGCCAGCUCGGGGCUCUCUCAUCAGAAGUCUCAACUGGACAGCAGGCAUUCCAGCUCCUCAUCCAGUCUAGCCUCUUCAGAAGGAAAAGGCAUAGGCGGCCUCAACAGCAGCAGCAGCAGCCAAGCUGUCAACGGACCCACCGCAACGACACACACCACCGGGAGCAACACUGUGAGUGUUCAGCUACCUCAUCCCCAGCAGCAAUACAGCCACCCGAACACUGCCACGGUAGCUCCCUUCAUGUACAGAUCGCAGACGGACAACGAAGGGAACGUAACGGCCGAGGCCAGCACAGGAGGGGUCAACAUGGAUUCUGCUCUUUAUGUCAAAAGUGGACAGGCUGCUCUCGAAGACCUCUCAGGAGAGGAUCCAGAAACUCGGCGGUUACGAACUGUGAAAAACAUUGCUGAUCUUCGACAGAACUUAGAGGAAACGAUGUCCAGUUUACGGGGAACUCAAGUCACUCAUAGCACAUUGGAAACUACAUUUGACACCAAUGUCACUACCGAGAUCAGCGGCCGCAGCAUCCUCAGCUUGACGGGACGACCGACCCCCUUAUCGUGGAGACUGGGGCAGUCCAGCCCCCGCCUGCAGGCAGGCGACGCUCCGUCAAUGGGAAACGGGUAUCCUCCGCGAGGGAACGCCAGCCGCUUCAUCAACACGGAGUCGGGACGUUACAUGUAUUCGGCGCCUUUGCGGAGGCAACUAGCAUCCCGUGGUAGCAGCGUCUGCCACGUGGACAUCUCAGACAAGGGAAGUGAUGAAAUCGACCUAGAAGGCAUCACCAUGGAUGCCACUGGCUAUAUGAGCGAUGGGGAUGUGUUGGGCAAGAAUAUCAGAACUGAUGACAUCACAAGUGG